AUGAAUUCGUCACUCGUGUUUCGUCGCUUCUGGUGCUUCAAUGCCGCAACUUCAUCUUCUUCUUCUUCAGCUUCUUCUACUCUAUGCUUCGCUUCCAACAAGAAGCCCCUCGUCUUCUUAGGCUCUCCUCAGGUAUCUGCAACUGUUCUUGAUGCCCUACUCAAUGCAUCCACUGCCCCGGACUCUUUGUUUGAGGUUGCAGCAAUUGUUACUCAGCCGCCAUCCAGAAAGUCUAGGGGGAAAAAGUUGAUGCCUUCUCCUUUAGCACAGCAUGCUCUUGACAGAGGCUUCCCUUCCAACCUUAUUUUUACUCCUGAACGGGCUGGAGAGGACGUGUUCUUAUCCAACUUAAGAGAUUUGCAGCCAGAACUUUGCAUUACUGCUGCAUAUGGGAAUAUUUUACCUAGCAAGUUUCUAAAUAUCCCGACAUCGGGCACAGUCAAUAUACACCCAAGUCUUCUGCCAUUAUAUCGUGGUGCUGCACCCGUUCAAAGAGCCUUGCAGGAUGGUGUUAAAGAAACAGGAGUAUCCUUAGCAUUCACUGUCCGUGCACUGGAUGCUGGACCUGUCAUUGCCUGUAAAAGAAUGGAAAUUGAAGAUCAAAUUAAGGCACCGGAGCUACUUGAUUUGCUAUUUUAUAAAGGAUCUAAACUAUUGAUUCGUGAGCUUCCUUCUAUAUUUGAUGGAUCGGCUAAAGUGAAAGCACAGCCCCAGGAUGACUCCAAAGCUACCUUAGCUCCCAAGAUUGCUUCUGAGGAGUCGUGGCUAUCCUUUGAUGAGGAAGCUCCAGUCCUACAUAAUAAGGUUCGUGCAUUUGCAGGGUGGCCUGGAACUCGAGCUAAAGUUGUAAUUGUUGACAACAAAAGUGGUCAAGACAAAAUCACGGAGCUUAAAAUUAUCACAACGAAAGUUUGCAGCCGUAGCAAUAUUCAGGUCAAUCAAGCAGAUGAGAUCACUUUUAUAAAGCCUGCAUUAGUAUUUCCAUGUGGAGGGGGCACAGCCCUUGAGGUGUUGGAGAUUCAGCUUCCAGGUAAGAAGGUAAUGAGUGCAGCUGCCUUCUGGAAUGGUGUGCGUGGUCAAAAGCUGAAGAUAUUAAGUGCUGCUUAUGUAAACGAUCAUUUAAGUUAA